GUGGUACUUUAAAAAGGCAAGUCUGUCACGAAGAGAAGAAAACCGGUCCGAGUUUGUCCGCGGAACGUCUCGUUCUCCAGUUGAGUAUGCAGGUGUCUCUAGCGCUCGUGCAGUGCGGCGCGCGGCUGUUGCUGCUGCUGCUGCUACAGGGAUGUUUCACAGCUGCGCACGGAUGGAGAGCUUUAAAAAACGAUGCUACAGAAAUUAUACCAGAAUACACAGAAGACACGAAUAGACCAGAGGAGCAGAUACAAAUUUCUAAUAACAACAACACAAUGAACCGAGCUAAGAACGGAGGAAGGAGGUCAUCAGCCAACUCACGUACUUAUGGAGCCUCUGAACUAAGUUGCCGGGAGCUGCGUUCUACCCGCUACAUUACCGAUGGAUCCUGCCGCAGCGUCAAACCUGUAAAAGAACUGGUGUGUUCUGGUCAAUGCCUUCCAGCUCACUUGAUGCCAAACUCAAUUCUAAGGGGAAAAUGGUGGAGAAGCAGCUCAUCCGAUUACCGCUGCAUUCCCGCUCACUCCCGCACCCAGCGGAUACAGCUCCAGUGUCCUAACGGACCAAACCGGACAUACAAAAUCCGAGUCGUCACGUCUUGCAAGUGCAAACGCUACACUCGCCAUCACAACCAAUCGGACGUCAAGGAGUUGUCGUCCAAGAAGCCACGACGCAAUAAGAAGCACCGCAGCAAAGUGCCGUCGGUCAACAGCAAUUCGUACUGAGGGGGAAAACAGAAACUCUCUCUUGCACACAUACAGAUACACCUAUAUACAUACGUAUGCAUACAUAUUUCAGAAACUGCAAUCCUCAGCUACAAGGGAAUGAACAAACGCAUUAGCUUUUAACAAACAUGUUGGCGUGCCAACAAGUUUGCAAUGUAUUUCAGAUGUCUCGCUGUUUGUAUGUGUUCUUGAGCUGAAAUAGUUCCAGUUUGAUCACAGAAUGCCAGCAGACUAAUGGACGCUUGAGUAAAAGAUGUAUGCUGUUAUGUGAGAUUAGUUGAGGGAAUGAUGAUAUUUUUGAGAGAAGGAGGAAUAACUCCAUAUAUUCUUGCCCAGGCAGUUCAUUUCGAGUUUGAAGUUCAUUGAAAGGGUAAGCUAACUACAGGCAAGCACGCUGAGCGCUCAACCAAUCCACCAAGCGCUCAUUUGAAUGUUUGUGUACCAGAUUUGUCCUCCUCUUCUGGGACUUGGAGCAGUGUAUGAUUUGACCGUUCAGCCGUGUCGGGCCCAAAAGACACGCCACUGCUGACAGAUCGCUGAGGCCCAGAAUUCUUAACCUUGGUCAGUUUGACCAGCCCACGAGUCCUCUUGACAGGCCGGGGAGCCGAGCCAGUCACCAUGUGAGUGUCUGCAACUUCACAUUUCCACAAGAAACUGAUCGGAACUGGCAGUUACGGAGAGUUCGAAAAGUUGUGUCAGCCCUCCACGGUCCAAGUCCCCGGAGGUCAAGAACCGCAAACGAUAUUCCUGCGACUUGUCCUAAUUACCAAAUAGUUCCAUUCCUGUGUUUAGGAUUGGAGUCAUAAAAAGCUAUUUCCUCUAGACAUGGUCAGUUCCUGUUUGUUAGAACACCCGAAAAAGAGGCCCACAUGUGUGCAGCAAUCUGCAGCAAUUCCUCCCGGGCAAAAAACCUUUCUGCACCCUUACUUCGAUGGAAACCAUUUGGAGAUAUUCAGCUAUCUGCAAUCGCUAGCAGGUUUACCUACAUCCAUUACUGAAGUCUUCAACAAAGAUGUCAUCCUUCCUGUCUCGUGACCGGAAAAGUAGAGACAAAUAAGUGAACCAAACUUUGAAAUUGUGGUCUGGAUGUUGAUUUUACACAGGAUAAAGAGAUAAGAGAAUGCCAA